AUGAGUCCAUGUAAUCGAGGUUUUGAAGAAGCGCACACACAUGAGACAACUCUCGCCGAGCUAGGAUACAAACAGGAGUUUCACAGGGAAUUCACUCCGCUAGAGGCAGCUGUACUUGCAUUCAGCUGUAUAGGAGUGGUUCCUUCUAUAGUCUCCGUGCUCUUCUACGCCAUACCAAAUGGUGGGCCUUUCGCGAUGGUUUGGGGUUGGGCAAUUGCUUGCCCCUUUAUCGUUUGCAUCGGGUUGGCGAUGGCAGAACUCGCAUCAGCAGGACCCACUUCUGGUGGUCUGUAUUAUUGGACUUACUCGCUUGCUUCUCCACGAUGCCGCAAUUUUCUGUCAUGGAUAGUUGGCUCUUCCCUAAACUGGGCUUGUACAAUUCAAAUCACUGCAGCAAUCGGCAUGGCCUCCUCUGACCAAACAUAUGUGACUACCAACCAGCAGCUCUAUGGUAUAUACGCUGCUUUGGUUUUGUCAAAUGCUGUCCUCGUGAGCUUUGGUACCAAAGUUUUGGCAAGGCUCCAGAGACUAUACACGUUGAUGAAUGUGUGUCUCUGCUUCAUAAUCAUCAUUGCGCUUCCGAUCGCAACGCCACCGGAUUAUCGAAACAGUGCAAAUUUUGUACUAGCGGAGUUCACCAAUUUGAGCGGCUGGCCAUCUGGAUUCGCAUUUAUUCUGAGCCUUAUGGCUCCUCUUUAUACAAUAGGCGGUUUUGAUGCUAGCGUUCAUAUGAGCGAGGAGGCCUCAAAUGCCGCUACUGCGAUACCAUGGGCAAUCGUCAGUUCCAUCGUUAUAUCGGCCUUCCUUGGUUUGGGAGUCAACGUAUCCCUUGCCUUUUGCAUGGGCACUGAUGUCGGCGGCGUCUUAAGUAGCCCCGUAGGCCAGCCUAUGGCGCAGAUUUUAUACAAUUCGCUCGGACAGAGAAAGGCCCUGGCUCUAUGGUGUCUCAUUAUUUCAACGGAGUACGUUUUAAGCAGGUACAUGGUGGCAUCGAACUGCCUCCUGGUCGGCUCUCGCCAAACAUUUGCAUUUGCUCGUGAUGGAGCCCUCCCUUUUGCACGGUAUUUGUACCGGAUCAAUCGCUACACAAAAACACCCGUCAAUACAGUUUGGUUAGACGCCACCUGUGGUCUGGCAAUUGGACUGUUGUCGUUCGUGAGCACCGAAGCCAUCAAUGCGGUAUUCACAAUUGCUGUCACCGCAUCGUACGUCGCCUAUAUAACGCCAAUCACAACCCGCUUUGCGUUCAAUAAUAAUUUCAACCCGGCCCGUUUCAUCUGGGGAAACUACUUUCCAGUCGCCGCGAUCGCUGUGAUGUGGAUGGUCUUCAUGAUCAUUGUUUUCUUCUUUCCCGCGAGCCCGCAAACGACGACACAGCAAAUGAACUAUACAGUUGUGGUACUUGGAGGGGUCAUGUUUCUGGCAAUUUCCUGGUAUUAUUGUCCGGUGUACGGAGGCGUGCAUUGGUUCACUGGACCCAUAUCCAACUUUACACCUGGCCAUCAGAGGUGA